AUGACCCUGAAAUACCUGUCCCUCGCUCUUGCCGCCGUGGCUGCUGCAUCGCCUUUUGAAGGAUUCCAAAAAGACGACGAGGCUUCCUACAAGGCCUGCAAGCCUCAAGGCGCAACAACCGAGACACCUCCUUCAGUCGGACCCGACCUUAGCUCGCUCUACACCAAUGUCGUGGCCUCAGUAAAAGGCAUCUCAUUUGAGCCGCGUUCUAUAAACGAGCGCGCAGAGGGCUUCGCUUGCCACCCCAGCCUCGACUGCGUGAACCUCCAGACCCUCAACAUCCCAAUGUGCUACGAUAAAUUCACAACCAACUUUCAGUUUCCAGACGGCUCUUACGGCACCAUCGCAACAGGAGAUUACCACUCUGGCGGCACGGAUGUAAACCUGAUUAGCGGUAACUACACCAAGGACGGACAUAGCGCGAACAUCUACUCUGGCAACGAGGCAGAGAGACCAAACACAUCGACCAUGUCGAUUCCACCGCAGUUCACUGGCACGGGUGUUGGCGGUGCCAUUCCUGUGUCAGAACUGGGCUCGAUUGUUGUAUUCACUACUACGCUCCCUCCAGUUACCUAUACAGCACCAACAACAGUCGCUGAGUCUGUUGCUACGGCGACUGUGGGCGGACAGCAGAUUGAGACUACGAUUCCUGCUACAACCAUCACCCAAGCUACGACCAUUGCUGGAAGGACAGCCGUUGUGACGGAGACGAGGACAGAUGCUCAGCCUACAAAGACUGGAGCUGCAGGACAUGUCGGUGUUGAUGCUACCGCCUCAUUUGGAAUAUCUAUUCUCGGUGCUCUCAUGUACGCUUUGAUCUAG